AUGGCCAUCUUCUGCCUGCUCUGCGGGAAGCGUUUCCAGACCCAGACGGCUCUGCAGCAGCACAUGGAGGUCCACGCUGGGGUUCGCAGCUACAUUUGUAGCGAAUGCAACCGGACCUUCCCCAGCCAUACUGCACUCAAACGUCACCUACGCUCUCACACAGCAGGGGACCAUCCAUACGAGUGCGAGUUCUGCGGGAGCUGCUUCCGAGAUGAGAGCACGCUGAAGGGCCACAAACGCAUCCACACCGGGGAGAAACCCUAUGAAUGUAACGGCUGUGGGAAGAAGUUCAGCCUCAAGCACCAGCUGGAAACCCACUACCGUGUGCACACAGGUGAGAAGCCAUUCGAGUGCAAGCUGUGCCACCAGCGAUCCAGGGACUACUCAGCCAUGAUCAAGCACCUGCGCACCCACAACGGCGCCUCGCCCUACCAAUGCACCAUCUGCCUGGAUUACUGCCCCAGCCUGUCAGCCAUGCAGAAGCACAUGAAAGGCCACAAGCCCGAAGACGUCCCUCCAGACUGGCGCAUAGAGAAGACCUACCUGUACCUCUGCUAUGUCUGAGGGCCGGAGAGCGAAUGAAGAGAGGAAGGUUACGGAUGAGGGAGGGGAAGGGGUUAAGAGGUAAAGGUGGAAUGUAUUCGAGUAAAGAGCGGGAGGCUUGAGGAGUGUUGACGAUCGAGGAAUGUCAACGGCAAGAGACUCGAAAGCAAGCGGGUUUGUUUUCUCUUUUUUUCUUUUCAUGCAAAGGUGGCGACGACCAACUGAUGGAGUCAAAAGGUUGGUGAUGUUGGGACAAAAGUGCUAAGAAGAGGAAGACUUGGACAUGGAGAGAUAUUCUCCACCAUCGUUCGGAUUCAUCGGGUCAUUCACUACAUCUGCAACUGUGUUUAUUGUUUCAGGUCGUUUUCAUGCAGCGCCAGAAAGUGAGCAAGCUGCAGGGAAGUGACUUAAUGGAUGCUGCUGCCAGGAGUGAGAACGCAGAUUCUCAAGGGCUAUCUGAAGCGAAACAUUCUCGCCAUUAGGAACCCAAUCUUUCGCUCCAAUUUGCUUUUUUUUUCUUUUUUUUUAACCUGGGGAUUUGGGGUCUUUUUUGUUUUUCUUUGGUAUUGGUUUGUUUACAUUGAACCUGUCUGCCAUAAUUCUCUGGAUCACAUGAAGAAUAUGUGAGUUCAAGCUUUAGUUCAGGCCCCCCACUGGAUUAUUUGUUGAUUUGCUUCCCAAGUAUGGAAGAGAUUCUGUCUUGCAGAAGCCGAAACUCUCUCCAAACGGCCACAAGCAUUCUUGUUUUAGUUGUAAUGGACCACAACAAAGCAGUCUUAAACUUGGAUUGAGAUGAAUUUUUUUUUAACCAUUACACCACUUUAAACAGCCUGAUUUAAAAUGAAGGCUUCAGUGUUACAAUGAACUGCUGUGGUUCUCCCAAUUUAGUUCCAACCAUUAUGGAAAAUGUAUGUUUCCUGGCUUCCCAUCAAUUCUUCCUGUGCAUUUAGUUGCAUACCUUUCAAGCUUUCACAUUAAUCCGUCAUGCUAUGGAUCCUCUUAGAUCUUUGGCGAGGCAGUAAGAUAGCCCCUGAGAAUCCGCAGUAGAGUCGGUGUGCAGUAGAUUGAACAGUUGAACUGGAUGAAUGGGAGCACUAUAAUACUGACAGCCAAGCACAUGUUUGGUUGUUGGUGGGGGGACAAUGUUUGUGCUACUUUUUUUUUAUUGUUGGAAGUCUCCCCAGAUUUCUCAGCAGUCUUCCUGGUUCAUCUCUGUCAGAUGAGGACUGGUGAAGGUCGAGUGACCACUUGCCACCCACGGUUCUCCGCAGAGAGCCAAAAGCUUACAAGCGUCACUUUUUUCAUCAUAUAUAUUUUUUUUCUAGCUCUGCAUCGUAGUUUAUCAUGGCUUGAUUGCACAUGUUAAAACAAAUCACGACAACAGUCUCUGUUUGAUGUCCACAAGUUAUAUCUCCUUUCAUUACUCGCUAUUACAGUACGCCACAUUAAACCCAGCCUAUCCACAUACUCAGCAAUAGAUUACUGGACUGCUUGUAUCCAUGUACAUUAACCUGAUGACUAUCGUUAUCUCACACUAAUGAUGAACUACACAAACUGACUCACAAACAGUAACACUCUGACCACAACAGACCUGUCCAUCCACCACAGUGAUGGAAGACAAAAUGGGGGGAAAUGGUAAACCGCUGCUUUCCGUGGGGAGUCCUGUGACUUCAACUGCUCGUAUAGUGAAUGUUGAAGACGUGCUGGGAAUGCCUUUAGCCGCACACCUUGUUUUGAAGGUGGCGUGGCUGGUUGAAGACUGUUAUACAGCAUCAAAAAUAUGAAUGUGAAAGACUGUGAGCCGGGUUCAUACUGGGCUGUGUCAGAAUAAACAGCGAGUUAAUGCUGCCUUUGACUAGAGGUCAGAAACCUACAAUUCACAUAUUCAUGGAGGUGUUACUUUUAAACACCUUCAAUUCACCGUAUGACCAUAUUGACCACCAUAGCGACCAUUUUUCUCUCACGUCAAGCUCAGGCUUGGAAGCUCAAACACUGUUAUAAUGUAGGGUUGUUAUUUUGUGGGUUAAAAAUCAUAACAAAAACAAUUAAUUCUAACAAAUUAUUAAUUUAACUGCUUCACAAUUGAUAGGCAACUGUGAAGACAACGUAUAGUGAGAAUCCAGAGGGGCUUUGAGACACAUUUCAAGUUAAAACACCGUAGGCUACUUGUGAACCGUUAAGCUACCCUAAGACAACUGCUAAUGUUAGCAUUCAACAACAGCUAUUGUUAGCUAAACUUUUGAUGUUCAUUCUCAAAUGUGUGAGUAUAUCCUUUAAAAAAAUGUCAUACUUCAUCCUGGCUACAUUUAUUGAAGUCUAGAAUUUAAACUCUGGAUCUUUCUUAUAUCAAAUCACACUGUUAUGUUAGCUAGGAAGUUCUUCAAUGCUAACAUUAGCUUUGCUCUUACAGUACUGUCGUCUUGCAGUAGCUAAUAGGUUAUCAAACAUGUUUUACUUUCCAAAUGUGCCUUUGAAUCUACACUAUUUUCUCUUAACUAUUUGUGUAAUUAUGAGGCUGUAAAAGCAUAAACAGUAAAUCAAGUUAAUUACUUUAAAAAAAUCGUGAACACUGCAGUAAGAUCUUAUAAAAGCAUUUUAGCUUUCCAACGUGUGCUUGAUGUCAGAGGAAAAUGGCUGUCGUGUAAAUAUGGGGACUCAUUUAGUUUGACGAUUUACCUUAUCUAACUUUAAAUUGAAGCUCCCUAUGUAAUAGCAGUAGGCUACAGUGGCUAGCUAGCUAAAGCAAGCAGCUGUUAAUGCUGUUCUUAAUUUGGGGUGUAAGGCUAUUAAGGGCCCUUGAAAUAUUGUUUUAGCCUUGGUUGGUUACAUGUUAAAGUGUGGCGUAGCAUUUUCUGUGUAUGCUGCAUUGUUGACAAACUGACGUUAGAUCAAAUGUAGCUUUGAAUGUGAGACUUCCUGACGUUUCUAAAAAGCAGCAUUAGCCCCGUUUAUGGACAGCCGCAGUUAUCAUGGUUGAACCUAAGGCUUUCUUAAGCAUCACUGCAUUGUCACAGCGUUACCGGGGUUAGAUCACAUCCAAAUGGCCGGUGGAAAAAAAAAAAAAAAAAGGGGGGAAAUCACUGUUAGGACGAGACACGGCCCAGCAGCUCAGGGGGCGACCAGUAAGAUAACGGAAUAAAUCAACUCUUUCUCUGUGGUUUUGUCCCUGCGCUUCGUCUCUCGUCUCCUGUCGUUGUUGUUGUCGUCGUUGUUGUUGUAAUCGUUGUUGUUGUUGAUGUUAUUAUUGACCUUGAGUUUGAGCUCAACACAUCGUACUUGAAUUACCUCGUUUUGUGACCUCAUGUUGCUUGUGUAUUUUUUUAAUUUUCCCUUUUGUUUCAUUUGUACACUUUUAUUUUGUUUGUAAGUGUAUGUCGGAAAAGAUGCAUUGCACAACAUGAUGAAGCAAUGUGUACGCAGAAAAAAAAUAUAAGUGCCACGGUGAAGAGAUUUUUGUUUGUUGGUUUUUCUAAUGCUGUGUAUUUCUUUGUGCAUUAUUUGUUACCAAACUUGGUAUUAUUAACCCUGCUUGUUAAUGAGCCGUAAGGUUUGGUCAUUUGUUAUAAAAGCUACCUCUAAGUUGUUUUUCAUUAUUUUUGGCAAAAGCACAUUUGUGUGUGUGUUUGUGUUUUGCAUUAUUUCAUCAUUGCUACUUCAUCUCAUGCUUAUUUUUUUAUUUUCAAAAGUUGAUUUAUGAUUGUGUUUUUAAGCAAAGUGUAUAUAAAAGGGUAAGAGAUAACAAACAUAGAGGUUGAUAGGAUUGGAAAAAGUCAUUCAAACGGAUGUUUAUUCUUCUCUUAUAGUCUCCCCCUGCACCUCCGACAACAGACGAGCAGAGAAAAAAAAAAAGCAAUUUUGAAGCCUUAAGUGAUGAGCAAGAGGGAUGUGGCAGAUAAGAGGAAGUACUAUUGCUUUUUAAAGAGGGUUUAAAAACAAGAAUUUAAACUUGAAAAUAUGUGAAUAGAAGUGUAGUUUUGUAAUGUGAAAAAAAAAGAAAGGUUCAUGAAAAAAAAAAACGCUGAACCGCCCAGGACAGGUCAUACUUGCAGUGAUGCAGAGUGCGUUGGACAAUUGGAACAGCAAGUGGUAAUCAAAACAUAAAGAAAAACCAGAAGGUUAAAAACAGAGAUUCUCUCGGCUGAUAAAGCUCUCUCUUGAGAAAAUGAGCGUAUUCCUGAACAAGAGCCAACAGAGGCAAUUUGAUAUAUAAAAAUUGUGAUAUUUUUGUAUUCAGUGUCAGUCCUUUUUCCAUUUGUGGAGGGUUACAGCAGGGCACAAAUAUUUGUAUUUCUUUUUUUUACCUGUUUUUUUUUUCUCUCUCUCUGGGUGUGAAUCAUUUUUGCCUUGCUCCCCUUUGAUAUUGUUGGACAAAAAACAUGUGUGUGAACAUAUUGUAAUAAUAAGUGUUGCUUUCUGGAUGUCAAUUGCAUUGUAGGUGAAGGACUAAAUCUAUCCGCCACAACUUUUACGAGUGUGUGUGUGUAUGUGACAAAGUUAAAAAAAAAAUUAAAAAAAAUUAAAAAGCCAAAAAAAAAAACAUGAUAAAAUACGGGACGGCAGGGGGACGCUGCCAAACCGACCAAUUAGUACUUGUCAUUCACAAUUUUUCAAUCAAACUUGACUGUCGCCAUGUUUUUUGUUUUGUAUUUGAAAAAAAAAAAGAAGAAGGGAUGGCAUGUCCCGUUGGUGUCUUGCCAUUUUAUUCUCAAACACUGUGAGCUGAGGGGCUUUUUCCCCCCCUCAUAUAAUAUCCACCCACUAUGAUAUACCCUGAAGUCACUCUCAGUCUGAACCACCACAAUGCAAACUGAUCAGUCACAUUGUUCCUAUCAUCGUCCUCUGAAUGUUUUCUACUUUCUCGUGCGGGUGAAAGAGUGCGUCAAUGAGUGUGUUCAAUGUGUGUGUGUGUGUGUGUUAGUGGAAAAAUGCACUAAUCAGAUCAGAUACAAAAUAAAAUGAUAUUCUAUGCCACUUUUUUCUCUAUGUUGGAAAAAAUAUAUAUAUACAUUGGCAUUGUUAUAGUUCUUCCCUCAGUGUUCCUCCGAUGUUUCUGUACUAUCUUUGUGCCUAAAAAUGGAAUUUGUUCAACAAAAAUAUCCAUCUAUAUCUGCUUAGUUUCUGUAUUUUCAGAAGAAAAUAAAUGGUGUCUCCAGCACCCUAGGGAUGUCAUGACGCUCCAAUGUGACCUGAAUUGUUAUUUUUAUGAAAUCCUGAAUGGAGCAGGGCUUUUUUUCUUCAAGUAUUGCAAUAGACGUGUAAUGCUUUUUGAAAAUAGCAACUGGGAUUCUGCAUCUUUACUUUGGCCUCACUCUGUGAAAGGCACCCAAAAGCAUUUAUUCAGGAACACAAAACAAAGCAUAGAAAAAAAUUACUUGCAGAGACUUGCUUUUUUUUGUGACAAAAUCUACUCCUUUAAAUGGUUAGUUUUGCAAGGAAAUUCAGCCCCAAUUCUCUCACUCAUAUUCUAUAUUGUUUUCUUUUUUGUCAGCAACAGGCUUGCUGAGGCGACCCUUAUAAUGCUCUUGAAAAAAAAAAUUAAGAAAACCUCCAUUUAUGGAGGUUGGCACUGGGGAAUUCCCCUUCUGCUUUGUUUUGAGUUUUUUAAAGUACUUCCCCCCACCUCCCCCUUUUUUUUUUUCUACAAAAUGCAUUUAGAAGGGGGAUGUAAAAAUGCGUCAGGGAGGAAUCAUGGCAUCCCUGGAGCUGGCACUCUGUGUUUUGGUGUGGUGUUUCUAGAACAAAAGUAGCCAUUUCAUGCAGUGUUGCAAUGCAUGUGCCAUCGAGGUCUAGACUAAAAACUGUUUUGAGUAACAAAGCACCAAGACAUUGUAUUUUUUUAUAUUAGCACUGAGGACCAAUUGCCCUGUCGGACCAAGCAUAACAAAGCUUUUUAUGUAACGAAGCUUUUCUCUCUCUCUCUCUGUCUUUCCCUGGCUUGUCUGUGCUACUUCUCUCCUCCAUUGUUGUGACAGCACAAGUGCCAGUCGAGUUGCUCUGUAUUAAGAAAAUAGUGUUCUUAUUAUGAUUUGAAUUGUUAUAGUUUUUGUCUACCUCAGCACCUAAUCUUAGCCUAAUCUUAGAAGGUGCCCAAUUAUUAUUUUUUAUUUUCAUUAUUUUUUGUUCUCUUGCUGUUGUCGGUUGUAUAAGUUUUUGAAAAAUUUGCAUUAGAGCUUUGCAAAGGUCCUUUGUCUUUUCCAGCGACAAUGUGCUAUUUUGUUUUUUGUUUUCCCGUGGCAGUACGUUUCCUGUUAAGCUGUGCCACCAAUCUAUAGCCACCGUCUGUUGAUAUAGAGGUUGUUCUUUUUUUCGUUUCUUUCCAUGUAGAAUCAGACACCUCUCUUUGUAACAUUUCAGUGUUCUCUGAUGGAGUGUGAAAAAAAAAUAAAAAGGACAAAUAAAAGAUUUAAUGCUGCAGGUUCUCUUCUCCAUGUUGUCACUAAAGUCAAUGUUGUGCCUUUGAUAGUGAAAAUAUAAAGAAUAUUUCUUUUUUCUACAUCCUACUAACAGUAGAUUGUUUUUUGUAGUGGAUAUUUUUUGUAUUUUUAUUUAUGAGUCUCAUAAUAAAAAUCAAAUCAUGA